CCUAUAAAGAGCUGCCAUUUCUUGUAUUCAGGACACUCACAAUUUCGAAACAUUCUGAUCAUCAUGGCUACUCACAAAGUUCUGAGUUUUGUCUUCUUUGUUUUGCUGGGCAUAGCAAUAUGUUGUGAAUGCCGAUCACUCCUCACUUUUGAAGGAGGUGGCUACAAUGAGGGCUCAGGUGGUGUCACGGUAGGGGUUGGCUCUGACCAUGGUACUGGGGCUGGCGGAGGAGGCGGUUAUGGCAGUGGUGGUGGUGUAGGAGGUGGAGGUGGUUAUGGUGGAGGAGGUGAAGCUGGUGGAGGCUAUGGGAAAGGAGGCGGUGCAGGAGCAGGGGGUGGUUAUGGUGGAGGAGGCUAUGGAAAGGGUGGCGGUGCAGGUGCUGGAGGAGGUGAAGCUGGUGGAGGCUAUGGGAAAGGAGGCGGUGCAGGAGCAGGGGGUGGUUACGGUGGAGGAGGCGAGGGAGGAGGAGGCUAUGGAAAGGGUGGCGGUGCAGGAGCUGGAGGAGGUGAAGCUGGUGGAGGCUAUGGGAAAGGAGGCGGUGCAGGAGCAGGGGGUGGUUAUGGUGGAGGUGGUGAAGGUGGCGGAGGCUAUGGAAAGGGUGGCGGUGCUGGAGCUGGAGGCGGUGAGGGUGGUGGAGGCUAUGGAAAGGGCGGUGGUGUAGGUGGUGGAGGUGGAUAUGGCGGUGGAGCAGGAGGUGGAGCAGGUGGUGGUAGUGGUGGUGGUUAUGGUGGAGGGGGUGAGCAUGGAGGAGGUUAUGGUGGAGGAGAAGGAGGUGGUAAGGGGGGUGGUUUUGGUGGAGGUGAAGGAGGUGGUAAUAGUGGUGGUUACGGAGCUGGAGGUGGACAUGGUGGAGGUGCUGGAGGAGGUUAUGGAGGAGGAGGAGCUAGUGGAGGUGGAUAUGGCAGCGGUGGAGGAGCAGGUGGUGGACACGGAGGUGGCUAUGGAGGUGGUGCUGGUGGUGGUUAUGCACCUUGAGAAUCCAUGCAUGCAGUUUAAAUCUAAGUUUACGUGGCAAACUUACCACUAAUAUGUACUAGUAUCUUAUAAGCUCAUCAUUAUCUGUUGUCUCUCUUUUGCCUCUUUAAUUCAGAUUUCAAUUCUUAAGAGUGAAGAGUUAUUAUAGUCAUUCAGCUAUACUGAUGUUCCCUUAAUGGCUGUUUAAUGUUACUGAACUUAAUAAUUGGUUCAAGGCAUCUUCCUCGUCUAA